AUGAAAAAAGGGGGUUGUGUGCUCGGAGCCUUGUGUUCUAGGUCUACCUGUACCCUUUCCCAUGAUAUCCACACACCUGUCAACAUCCAAGUCCUGAAAAACCAUGGGCUUUUUGGCCUCAAUGAGGCCCAGCUUCGGAUUCUGCUUUUACAGAACGACCCCUGCCUUUUACCAGAGGUCUGUUUGUGCUACAACAAAGGUGAAGCCCUGUAUGGCUACUGCAUCCUCAAGGACAAAUGCAACAAGUUUCAUGUGUGCAAGUCCUUUGUCAGGGGAGAGUGCAGGCUUCCGAAAUGCAAACGGUCCCACCAACUCAUCAACGCAGCAUCCCUGAAGCUGCUGGAGGACCAAGGACUGAAUGUGUCCAGUGUCGUUAAUUUCCAGAUCAUCUCUACCUACAGGCACGAGAAGCUGCACAAGAUGCUUGAAAAUAAAGAUAAUUCAGCUUCUUCUGUUGAGCACUCACCGGGCCUUGAGAAGCAAGGAAGACCGGUUCCUGGGGCUGCAGAAGCCCGUCCCCUGGCUUCUGCCCCUGCCCAGUCGGCCAAGAAGCCAUGUGCAGGGAAACCGUGAAGGACAUCGCUGAAGUAAGAAG